GGUGAAGCUCCUGUAUUUGAGCGAAGUUUGCUGCAGCUGGGAUCUCGGAAGCUUAGAACCUUUUGGCGUGUGAUUUAAGCCAGCUGCCGCUGUAGCCCAGCCGUCAUGCCAGACUCGGACGACAGCGACAAUGAGGGCGGCCUGGGGAAUGUCAACAGGGCAGUCAUGAGACCACCCGGCCACUCCGGCAAGGCCAAGCGCGGUCACCUCUGCUUCGACGCCUCGUUUGAAACAGGGAACUUGGGUCGCGUGGACUACAUCAGUGAGUACGAAUACGACCUCUUCAUACGGCCAGAUGUGUGCAAUCCUCGCUACCGCAUCUGGUUCAACUUCGUGGUGGACAAUGUGCGGCAGGAUCAGAGAGUUAUCUUCAACAUCGUGAACUUCAGCAAGACGAAGAAUCUGUUCCGUGAUGGAAUGACACCUUUAGUUAAAUCGACUUCCAGAAACAAAUGGCAGCGGAUGUCUAAGAAGCACGUCUACUACCACCGCUCCCCGGAGCACAGGAACAACUUCAUCCUGUCGUUCGCCUUCGCGUUUGACCGGGAGGAGGACGUGUACCAGUUCAGCAUCUGCUUCCCCUACUCGUAUUCGCGCCUGCAGAUGUACCUGACCGAGGUGGAGGGGCUUAAGUUGUCGCACGUCCGCAGGGAGCUCCUGGCAAACACUGUGCAAGAGCGUCUCUGCGACAUUCUGACACUGGGGCAUACCACACCACCGGGAGCUUCGAAACCUACCAAGACGGUGGUGGUGAUGGCUAGGUGUCACCCGGGAGAGACGCCGUCCUCCUUCAUAGUGCAGGGACUAAUUGAUUUGCUGGUUGGCGACCAUCCUGUUGCCACUGAGCUGAGAAAGUAUGUAAUCAUCAAAAUAAUUCCAAUGCUGAAUCCUGAUGGAGUAUUUCUAGGAAACCACAGGUGCUCUGUGCUCGGUGCUGAUCUGAAUCGCACCUGGCAAGAGCCCUCGCAGUGGGGACAUCCAACCAUCGACGCUGCCAAGAAGCUGCUGCUCUCGCUCGAUGCGGACAAGAGCAACGGGCUGGAGAUCGUGCUCGACCUGCACGCCCAUGCCAGUCUGUUCGGAUGCUUCGUGUACGGCACCACCUAUGAGGAUGUAUACCGGUACGAAAGACACAUUGUGUUCCCAAAGCUGCUGAGCCAGAACGCUGAGGAUUUCAGUCCCAUCAAUACCAUCUACAACCGAGAUCCACUGAAGCUGGGCACUGCUCGUAGGGCGUCUACCAACGUCUAG